UCUGCUUAUAAACUGAGUGCUUAGUCUCCUGUGAAGACACCGCUUGAAAAACGAGGCUUUAGAUAGAACAGGGUUUUUUUUGAGUUCACUUCCAUGGAAGUGAAAUGGCAUUCAUCUAUACAGGUUUAGCAAUAAUUGGAAUGGUUUUCAUCUCUCCUGUUAUAAUACCAGCACUGUUUCUGGGGGGGUUAUUUUAUGACUUUUUCAAUUCAAAACUGCCACCUGGAAUUGACCAACCUCUAAAGCUUCGGUUUUACCAUUCCGUGAUGAUUACAACCAUGAUGUCGGGAAAGAUUUUGCAGAAGCUAGGGGUCUGCAGUGAUUUAACCUUAUUGCGAUUUGUGCUAGAUGGAAUACUACCAUGCAGAGAUUCAAAACUUCUUAUCAAGGAUCUCAAAGUAGAUGAGGUACCUUUGAGGAUUUAUCAGCCUAAGUGGCCACCUACUGGUAAAAGAAGAGGAAUACUAUAUUUUCAUGGAGGCGCUGGCACAUUUGGGAGCAUUAGAGCCUUUGAAAGAAUAUGCCGCUGUAUUGCCAAAAAAUGUAACUCAGUGGUUGUUUCUGUUGGUUAUCGUUUGGCUCCUGAACACCCAUAUCCAGGGCAAUAUUUUGAUUGUCUCAAUGCUACCUUAUACUUUAUGAGGAAUUUAGAAGAGUAUCACGUGGAUCCUGCUCUCAUCAUCAUUAGCGGUGACAGUUGUGGAGCUAAUUUUGCUACGGUUAUUUGCCAAAUACUGGUAAAUAAAAGGGAUCUCCCAAAAGUACGUGCACAGGUCUUACUUUACCCAGGACUACAAGGGCUAGAUUUUCAUUUACCUUCCUAUCAGCAGAAUGCUAGAGUCCCCAUGUUGUAUCGGAAGCUAGCUAUCUACUUCUGUUUUCGUUAUCUUAAUAGAGAACCAUCAUUUCUGGAAGAUGUCCUUCAAAAUUGCCAUGUUCCUGAGAGUAUGAAACGGAAAUAUAAAAAAUGGAUAAGUGCUGACAAUAUUCCUGAUGAAUUUAAAAUUAGAGGCUACAUACCGCAGAAAUCCACUUCAUAUAAACAUGAAGUCCAUGAAGCAGUCAAAGAACUGUUAGCAAUAACAUUUUCCCCCCUUUUAGCUGAAGACUCAAUUAUUUGCCAGCUCCCUGAAUCCUAUAUUGUGACCUGCGAGUUUGACGUGCUUAGAGAUGAUGGACUGUUAUACAAGAAGCGAUUGGAGGACAAUGGCAUUCAAGUAACCUGGCAUCAUUCUGAGAGUGGUUUUCAUGGAAUUUUAGCCUUUUUUGGCUAUGGGAUUUUUUCCUUUUUAUCUGGAAAAAAGAUAAUGGAUAACACUGUGAAUUAUAUAAACAGUCUAUAACAGUAUUUUUCAGAAAAAUGGUGUGAGUCUUACAUUAUCCAUGGUGAAUUUACACUUGGCAAAGAAUGCAAACACGUUUGAUUUAUUUUUUCUAUUUUGACUGCAUGAGGAAGUGCAUUUAAUACUUUCUAAUUUCUUCAGUUACUCUCAAACAAAUGGUAAGAUUAUUUAAAGCACCAGCAUUCUAGAAAACAUUAUUAUAAAAACACGCAAAUAAGAUCAAGCACCUGGC